CAUGGGUUUCCAGCUGGCUCGAGCGUAUUACAAUUGGCGACAAUGAGGUGCAAGACUUCUCAUGAUGCCACUAGCAACCAUCAAGAUCGCAAAAGACCCCCCCGGACCCCGCAGGACCCAGUUCUCCAGUUGCGAUGCUUGUCGUACUUCGAGGGUUGCUUGUGAUGCCAUCCGCGCUGGCUAUGUCGCUGGCAACCCGGAAUGGAAAGGAUCAUGUUCUCGCUGUUCUAGGAGGAAACGGAAUUGCACUUUUGAAUGGAUCGCCAAAUCCAGGAAAUCGGCCGUAUCCUCCAUUGUCAACGCUCGGCCAUUCUCGCACCCUGUGUCGCCUCCAACCACCGAAUCCUCGGGAUCAUCAAAAUCGCCGGAGCAGGUUCAAAAGGGCAACGAUUUCGAACCGGCUGCUAGAAUUUUAACCAACGUUCUAUCAACCCAUUUGGACCAUUCGACCAGGCUCCCACCUUUUGAUUCACUUCUUUUUGCACCGCCUUUGAAAUCAGACCCGAUUCCUCUCGAUGGAGUUGUUAGAUCGCCCUACGACAUUGCCAACGCCGAGUGGGGUCCUUGGCUGGAUCAGAUUUUCGAUACCCCCUUUCAAGCCAUCUUCGGUUGGUGGCUGGGCAGAUAUUGUUGCCCGCUGGUAGAUGACCCCUCCAGUAUAAUUGUGGUCCCUCCAAGAGACCUUUUCAGCGCAUUGGACGCCUCAAUGGCCGAUGAAUGUAAUACAGCCAACAGGGAAUCGGUCAUCAAAUCUCCCUAUCAGAGACAGAAGCAAAAUGAUCAGAUCGAACAUGCUCUUACUCAAGCCGCCAGAGCGUUUGCAUCAAGAUGGUUGCCCAUUGUGGCGGACGGCUUUACUCAGCAGGAAAGUCUCGACGAGAUUAUUCGAGAAUUUUGGAGAGUUUCGAGAAAAACAAUGCUGACAGUCAUCAAUCGGGUCUCUUAUCGAUCAGUCCUGACCUUGUUCAUAUUUGGGUUGACGCCCAUCCCUCUUGGUAUCAGCGAUGAAGAAGAGAGCGAGGGGCUAACCGGCCAGAUCUGUGUCCAAGCUGCGCUGCAGCAGGUGCAAAGGCUCCGAGAGCGACAACGAAAUUGCCAGUUCAGUGGAGCCCAGGUGUCACCAGCAACAGACCGCAUGUCGAAUCAUCCGCGUGCCACGCCUCUGAAUGAAGACUAUCUAAAAUUGGAAAGCAGGGCGUACUGGAGUGCUUUGAUUUUUGACACCUCGGCAUCUGUCUCCCUCAACUUCCGAUCCUCUUUGACGUCUGGGGUGCAUGGAUUCAAGACUGAGCCAGCUUGGGCUGUGAUCAAGACCUUUCUGACCGACUCUUUUCAUAGUCAGGCCGAAUCUUGGCGCAUCCGUGGGGACGGGACUGAAGUUUCAACCGAAAAGGCAUGCCAUGUACUUGCUGCAGUUGCUGUCUGCAAGUUGUACGUUUGGAAGAUGAUAGCCGUGGUGAAAGAAGCAGUCCGGGAGGGAGACACCGAGGACAAGGUUCUCGAGGCCUGGAGCUCUCUCAUGGAGGCGCUAGACAUGUUCAAAGGCACGAUUCGACCGUUGCUUGGAGACUGCCUGAGACGGUUGUCAUUCAUGGGCCAGGAUGACAAACUCAACUGGUACGAGGUUGCUCUGCAUUAUCACUUGGGCAUCCUCAUGCUUGUGGAUGCCGUUGAAGCGGCGGAGCGCCCAGAUUUGCUCCGCCAACUGGAGGGUGACAGAAUUGAUGCGGAGCACGAGGCGUUCGAGCUGAUCAAAUAUGGUCUGGAGAACGAGUACACGUUAUUUGAACCAGACACAGGCCGAUUUCGACAUGGACCAAUAAGCCGGUCAUUCAUCGCUGUCGACCCAUAUCCAAAUCACGCAGUUGCUUCUGUCCGACUUCUGAACAAGGCUAUCAGCCGUGAUUUCAAUCGAGGCAAUAUCCAAUAUGAUGAGUAUGCGUCUUUGGCAUCAGUUCUGCUCGAGGUGCUUGAACAACUGCCACAAUCGUCAAAAUCGGUGCACGCUGCUCGACAGUAUUUGCAAAGAUCAGUGGAUGAAGUCAACUCCCUAUUCGAGUCCAGGGGCCGGUAUAGAAUAUGAAACGCAUUAAGCCGUCGAUUUGGAACUACUUGCGGGUAAAGGGGUCAAGUUAAAGGAAUGCUAUCGUGCAAGGGAGGCUAGGCCUGAAAGCGAUCGUAGGAAGGCUCUAUGGGUUGCGGUGUUGCUCCUGGCGGAGCACAGGGAGAUGGGGCGGAAUGGUCAGGGAUUAGGAGGGACUUGAUUUCAGCCACGGCGGGCCUUCGUAGUUGAGGGACACCGUGUGAGAGAAUAAUGAGGGUUGAGGAGGAGGAUGGGAAGGGAAAUUCUUGCUUACCGACCCAUGCUG